AUGCUAUUAAAUGCUGACCAAGUAAACCUAAUCGGACAAGUGUUUGAAUCCUAUGUUUUGGAACAUCACAGGAAUGACAUCUUGCAUAUAUUAAGGGAAAGAGAUGAUGAGGGACAUUACCCAGUCAUUGUUGAUGCCCUCACCCUUUUUGAGACCAACAUGGAAAUUGGAGAAUAUUUCAAUGCAUUUCCAAAUGAAGUGCUCCCUAUUUUUGAUAAUGCAUUGCGCAGGGCAGCCAUGACAGCUCUGCAAUCUGCUUCCCAGACUCAUGAUUUUAGCAUUAAGCAGAAUCUUCAUGCCAGAAUAUCAGGUUUGCCUGUUUGCCCUGAGCUAACCAGAGAACGUAUCCCUAAAACCAGAGAUGUGGGUCACUUUUUGUCUGUUACUGGAACUGUUAUUCGUACCAGUCUAGUGAAAGUCCUGGAGUUUGAACGGGAUUACAUGUGUAACAAGUGCAAGCACGUUUUUGUGGUCAAAGCUGAUUUUGAGCAGUACUAUGCUUUCUUCCGUCCAUCAACCUGCCCUAAUGAAGAAGGCUGCAAUUCAUCUAAAUUCACUUGUCUCUCAGGAACAUCCUCUGUUCCCACCAGCUGCAGAGACUAUCAAGAAAUCAAAAUUCAGGAACAGGUUCAAAGGCUAUCUGUCGGAAGCAUCCCUCGUUCUAUGGUGGUUGUCCUAGAAGAUGACUUAGUGGACAGUUGCAAGUCAGGUGAUGACAUCACAGUGUAUGGAGUGGUAAUGCAGAGAUGGAAACCCUUCCACCAGGAUGUGCGCUGUGACCUAGAGAUUGUUUUGAAAGCCAAUUACAUUCAAGUGAACAAUGAACAACUGACAGGGGUUAUAGUUGAUGAGGAGGUUCAGAAGGAAUUUGAAGACUUCUGGGAAAAACAUAAGCGUGAUCCCUUAGCAGGGAGGAAUGAAAUUUUGGCUAGCUUGUGUCCCCAGGUUUUUGGAUUGUAUCUGGUGAAGUUGGCUGUAGCCAUGGUGCUUGCUGGGGGUGUACAAAGGGCUGAUGCUGCAGGAACUCGAGUGAGAGGUGAAUCACAUCUUCUGUUGGUUGGAGAUCCUGGCACAGGGAAAUCUCAGUUUCUCAAAUAUGCGGUAAAGAUUACACCACGAUCUGUGCUUACUGCAGGAAUUGGAUCUACAAGUGCAGGUUUGACGGUAACUGCGGUGAAGGAUUCUGGAGAAUGGAAUUUGGAAGCUGGAGCACUCGUGCUUGCAGAUGGAGGUCUUUGUUGUAUUGAUGAGUUUAAUAGCAUCAAGGAACAUGACAGAACCAGCAUACAUGAAGCAAUGGAGCAACAAACCAUCAGCGUAGCUAAGGCAGGCUUAGUGUGCAAGCUGAACACAAGAACCACUAUAUUGGCAGCAACAAAUCCAAAAGGCCAGUAUGACCCUAAUGAAUCAAUCUCCGUGAACAUAGCCCUUGGCAGUCCUUUAUUGAGCAGAUUUGACCUGGUCUUAGUAUUGCUAGAUACGAGAAAUGAAGACUGGGAUCGCAUAAUUUCUUCUUUCAUAUUGGAAAACAAAGGAUGCCCAAGCAAAUCAGAAAACCUCUGGAGCAUGGAAAAGAUGAAAACCUACUUUUGUCUGAUAAAGAAUCUACAGCCAAAAUUGUCUGAUGAGAGCAACCUGAUUCUUGUCCGUUAUUACCAGAUGCAGCGGCAGAGUGAUUGCAGGAAUGCUGCUCGAACUACCAUUCGCUUAUUAGAGAGUUUGAUACGCUUAGCAGAAGCCCAUGCUCGAUUGAUGUUUAGGGACACUGUAACUUUGGAAGAUGCUAUAACAGUGGUCUCAGUGAUGGAAUCGUCUAUGCAGGGAGGUGCACUUCUUGGAGGCAUCAAUGCACUGCAUACCUCAUUUCCAGAAAACCCAAUGGAGCAGUAUCGAAUGCAAUGUGAACUCAUCCUGGAGCGACUGGAGCUGCAGAAUCUUCUGCAUGAAGAAUUCAAAAGACUUGACAGAUUACAGAAUGAAAAUUCAUGCCAGUUGCAGUCUGGAGAGACCAGCAAAAAUACUACCUAUGGAUCCUUAAGCGAUGAUACCUUUUGGCAGUCAGAGCAAAUGUCCCAGACAGAACUGUCAGACCAACAAGGGAAUAACUGCAAACAGCAAAAUUCUUUGGUCAAAGGGAGAAGUAAAACUGAUACACAUCUAGAGCCCUCAGCUAGCCAGGGAGCUGGUAAAAACAGAGAUACAAAUAACCUGAGUAAACACAAUGAGAGCAGAGCUGAUGGCAGCUUGACCUGGUUUGACAGCAUGGUAGAUGGCAACAUGGAUGCUGAAGAAAGUGUUCAGCAGUCCCUAAUCCCCAAGAGACCUCUAGAUAAUUUGGCUUUGAAAACACUCAAUGACAAAUCCUGUUCUAAAGAAAAAAAUGGUUCAAGACAAAGCAGAGAAACUGGGAUGGGACAGUCACUGACAACUGUGGACCUCAAUGCUACUUUUAGACAGGAUGUAGUUUCUGGUAUUGAUGAGAAAAGGACAAAAGGACAUAAAAACCUUUAUUCUGAGGCAAAUAUUAAAGAUCCAGCCUCAGAAAAUGUUAGUGUGCCUGAUUCAGUGGUGACACAACAUGUCUCUAAGAAGUGGCAGAGAUUGCGCACAGAGAGAGCUCACAAUUUUUGUGCAAGUACACAAGACCCCAAAGCAGACACCUUUCCUUCUCCACUGUCUUUCCAGUCAGCAGCUGACCCACAAGUUCCUUCAGGUGACAUGAAUAAUGCUUGUGCAAUAGGAAAGAGUAGGAAUAAUGUGACGGUAGUAGCUGAGAAGCAGAUAACUUCCAUGAGAAAAAGAAAUAAAGACCAAACGGUGAAGGAAGCAAUCACAGCAGGUUCCAAUGAGCCGGAAAUCACUGAGACUGAAGGACCUCCAGUGGCUAAACUAGCUAAAUUUUCAUUCAGACAAAGGACAAAAUUUGUUCAUUCUUCUGAAAAUAAGAGCAAUGCAGAAUUGCCUUCCUCACAAUCAGGGGCUGUUUUUAAGCCUCACAGGAUUUUGAGAACUGUAGCAGAAGAAGAGCAGCCAGAGGAAGAAUGUUAUCCCCCUGCGAAACACCAGACAAAGCUAACAGCGAGUUUAGGAAACAAUAGUUUGGAGAAGAAACCCCUUGAUAAUAAAAGAAAGGAGCAGCAGCAAAAUGAAACCUUACAAAGAGAAAUCAAAGAAGCUACAACUGGACACUCAGAGACCAAACAGAUCUCCGAUAUUAGACACCAUGCUGUGUUAACGCCAACUGCCGAGAAAAGCAGGAAAGGAGAGGAAAUGCCUGGUGGCCUGAGCACAAAGAAGGUGUGCUCCAGCACGUUAGCAAAACUAGCCAGGUUUUCCUUCAUGUCACCUCCUGAAUCAAAAUCGGAAAAUCCACCGUCACUUAAUGUCACCAGCAACAGCAAGGAAAGCCAGGGACUGCCUCUGAAGACCCAUUCUGAGAGCACCAGCAGCAAAAGAAAGUGUUUUGGACUGGGAAAUGCCAGCAAUAAAAAUGUGGUCACAGGAAAAUCUCUCUUCUCAAUAACAGAUUUAGAUGAUGCCACAUUAGAUUUUGAUUGGGAUGAAGAGAUUAGGAAAAACCCAAGGUCAUAAACCAUACUACCUUUCUCCAGCCCCGAUCCACCUGUCAU